GAACCCCGGUUCCCUUCGCGUGGUCCGCCGAGGCUGCGCCAGGUGGGGCCCGAAGCCGCCUCCCACGCCAGGCUGUCCCCGCGGCUGCCCGGCCUGCCUUCCUUCCUUCCGCCUGCCCGCCGGCCCGCCCUAGGAGUUAACCAAGCCGCAAUGAAGAGCUUCUUACAGUGAAAGGAAAGUAGGUCUCGCCCACUGAAAAUGCCUUUAAGGGACAAAUACUGUCAGACUGACCACCAUCAUCACGGAUGCUGUGAACCAGUUUAUAUCCUGGAACCUGGAGAUGCUCCUUUGUUACAGCAACCACUACAGACAUCCAAAUCUGGUAUUCAGCAAAUAAUUGAGUGCUUUCGAUCAGGAACUAAACAACUUAAGCAUAUUUUAUUAAAAGACGUGGACACUAUUUUUGAAUGUAAAUUAUGCCGCAGUCUCUUCAGAGGAUUACCAAAUUUAAUUACCCAUAAAAAAUUCUACUGCCCACCAAGUCUCCAGAUGGAUGACAACCUUCCUGAUGUAAAUGAUAAACAAAGUCAAGCCAUAAACGAUCUCCUAGAAGCCAUAUAUCCAAGUGUGGACAAGCGAGAAUAUAUUAUUAAGCUAGAACCCAUAGAAACUAAUCAAAAUGCAGUGUUUCAGUAUAUUUCAAGGACUGAUAAUCCUACUGAAGUCACAGAGUCAAGCAGUACUCCUGAACAAACCGAAGUUCAAAUACAGGAAACUAGCACUGAACAGUCUAAAACAGUACCAGUUAUAGAUACAGAGGUGGAAACUGUAGAGCCCCCUCCUGUUGAGAUUGUUGCAGAUGAAGUUGCACCUACAUCUGAUGAGCAACCUCAGGAAUCACAGGCUGACUUGGAAACGUCUGACAAUUCUGAUUUUGGUCACCAGUUGAUAUGUUGUCUUUGUAGAAAAGAAUUCAAUUCCAGACGAGGCGUUCGUCGUCACAUUCGAAAAGUACACAAGAAAAAGAUGGAAGAACUAAAAAAGUACAUUGAAACACGAAAGAAUCCAAACCAGUCCUCUAAAGGACGCAGUAAGAAUGUUCUAGUUCCAUUAAGUAGGAGUUGUCCAGUAUGUUGUAAAUCAUUUGCUACAAAAGCGAAUGUAAGGAGGCAUUUUGAUGAAGUUCAUAGAGGACUAAGGAGGGAUUCAAUUACUCCUGAUAUAGCAACAAAGCCUGGGCAACCUUUGUUCCUGGAUUCUGUUUCUCCUAAAAAAUCUUUUAAGACUCGAAAACAAAAGUCGUCUUCAAAGGCUGAAUACAAUUUAACUGCAUGCAAAUGCCUCCUUUGCAAGAGGAAAUAUAGUUCACAAAUAAUGCUUAAAAGACAUAUGCAAAUUGUCCACAAGAUAACUCUUUCUGGAACAAACUCUAAAAGAGAGAAAGGCCCUAAUAAUACUGCCAGCAGUUCAGAAAUAAAAGUUAAAGUUGAACCAGCAGAUUCUGUAGAAUCUUCACCCCCUUCCAUUACCCAUUCUCCACAGAAUGAAUUAAAGGGAACAAAUCAUUCAAAUGAAAAAAAGAACACACCGGCAGCACAGAAAAAUAAAGUUAAACAAGACUCUGAAAGCCCUAAAUCAACUAGUCCGUCUGCUGCAGGUGGCCAGCAGAAAACCAGGAAACCAAAACUUUCAGCUGGCUUUGACUUUAAGCAACUUUACUGUAAACUUUGUAAACGUCAGUUUACUUCCAAACAGAACUUGACUAAACACAUUGAGUUGCACACAGAUGGGAAUAACAUUUAUGUUAAAUUCUACAAGUGUCCUCUUUGCACUUAUGAAACUCGUCGGAAGCGCGAUGUGAUACGACAUAUAACUGUGGUUCAUAAAAAGUCAUCCCGCUAUCUUGGGAAAAUAACAGCCAGUUUAGAGAUCAGAGCUAUAAAGAAGCCCAUUGAUUUUGUUCUAAAUAAAGUGGCAAAAAGAGGCCCUUCGAGGGAUGAGGCAAAACAUAGUGAUUCAAAACAUGAUGGCACUUCUAACUCUCCUAGUAAAAAGUAUGAAGUAGCUGACGUUGGUAUUGAAGUAAAAGUCACAAAAAACUUUUCUCUUCACAGAUGCAAUAAAUGUGGAAAGGCAUUUGCCAAAAAGACUUAUCUUGAACAUCAUAAGAAAACUCAUAAGGCAAAUGCUUCCAAUUCACCUGAAGGAAACAAAACCAAAGGCCGAAGUACAAGAUCUAAGGCUCUUGUCUGAUGGGGACUCUAGAGAUUUAGCAUACCCUCAUUCUAAAGUGGAAAAAGUUGAGGUAAGUGGUUGCACAAGGUCACAUGUGUAGUUAAUGAAGAAUUCAGGAAUAGAGGCCAGCUAUCUCUUAAAGAUUAGUAGGUAAUAACACAUAUAUGUAAAAAAAAAAUAACAAAAAAGCGGUACUAUGAGGUGUUCUGUGAAAGGUAAGUUUUCCUCCUAUCCCAUCUCUCAUUCUCUACCCCAGAGUCAAAUUACCAGUUUCUUGGGCUUUCAAGAGCUGUCCUAUGUAUAUAUAACCAUAUAAAUGUAUACCUUCCCCUUUAUGCAAAUGGUAGCAUGUUUGUAUACACUUUUCUGUACCUUGCUUUCCCCCCCCACUUUUUCACAUGGCAGCAUGUCUGAAUUUUGUGGACACUGGAUAUUUUUAUUCUUUGGUCCAUGAACUUUCAUGUUACUAUAUUGUCUAUCAUUUAAACAAAUAGUUUUUGUUCAUAUGAAUGGACAAAUUAUUAAAUCAUUUUUUGUUUCUAGUAUAUAUUGAGUUUCUUGUGUGACCAUAAUGUAGUAUUUCACAUUGCUUUCAGAAAGAGAUCAUGGUUAUUGAUUUAUUUUAUGGUAUAUGUUGAAGUUAAAAGAUAAGUGAAAUAUAUAUAAUAGUUAUUACCACUAGUUACCAAUAACAGCUGAUUAGGAAAUUUUCUUUUUCAUUUGAAAAAGAAGUGACAGGUAGAGUUUUCAGGGAAAUGAUUUACCUUUAGACUUGUAUAAAAAUCUUUCUGGUAUGUACAAAAAUCUUCCUCAGUGCCAGUGAAAGGCAACAAUGUUAUAAAUACCAAACCACAAAUGUUUAUUUUCUAAAUUUUAAAAUACCUUUUUUCCAUUUUUUAGAAAGAUUUUAUUUGUAAGUAGUUUCUAUACCCAACAUGGGACUUGAGCUCACAACCACAAAAUCAAGAGUUGCAUGCUUCACCGACUGAGCCAGCCAGGCGCCCCUAUUUUCUGAAUUUUUAAAUCUCCAACCUCAUAUGCAAAUAACAGAAAUAAUUUUUCAUUUGUUUCUCAAAAUGGAUUGUAACUAUAUGUGUUAAUCUUGAUAUGACUCAUGAUCAUCUGUAUAAAAAAGUAUUCUUAAUUUUGAUCAUUCUGGGUUUCUCUUGGCUAACUUAUGUAUCAGUGCAAUUAUUGCUUUAUUUAUUAGAGAUUAAUGGGGCCUAAAGAACUCCUUGAUUUUAGAUCUUUUCAACCAAACCAUAUCACAAAAGGCAAACCCACUAAAAAAAAAUGUGUCCCAUGCCAGAUGUCCAUGAUAGGAUUUAUAGAGGUUAAGUAUUUAUAUUUGGAUUUUACUUUAGAUAGACAGUAAUCCUGCAUUCUUCCUAAAGGUGGCAGUACUUCUCAAUGCAUUAUUUACUGAGUAAUUCUGUUUGAAAACCUUAUUAAUUAUAAUUCCAUUACUGAUUGGAAAAAAGUUAAUCAUACUAAAAGUAUAUUUUCGUAAUACUUUCACAAUAGUUAAGAUUCAGUAGUAGAACAAAUAAGAUUGUAUUUUUGAGGUUUAUAGCAUUAGUGCAGCUUUUGUGUGUAUUAUCUUCAAACCUGGACAGUUCUAAUUUCAUUCUGACUUUGGAAUUCUUGGUGUAAGAUUGAGAGCUAAAGUCUUGUCAAAAAUUGUGAUUAAGUCAUGGUAAAACCUUGCUAUAUUUCUAGGUCUCUCUUCUAUGGAGAUAUUAUCAGGAAACACAAACUGACAAAACACCCCAAACAAAAACCAGAACCCUUAAAUAACUGUGUAUUGUGUGAGACAUGGGAAUUUUUUUUUUUAGUGUUUUUUUUUUUAUUUUAUUUUAAGAAAGAGCACACACAAGUUGGGGAGGGGCAGAAGGAGAGAGAGAGAGAGAGAGAGAGAGAGAGAGAAUUUCGAGCAGGCUUCACGCUCAGCCUGCUGCAGGCUUGAUCCCACAACCUUGGGAUAAUGACCUGAGCCAAAAUCAAGAGGGGGAUGCUCAACUGACUGAGCCAUCCAGGCACCUGGGAAAUGUUUUGAUACUUAUUGUUUGGUAUAAAUUUAUAUGUCUAAAUUUUACUUGAAUUUUUUUUCCUUAGGUGGCUAACUUAUUUUAACAAGUGAAAUAUUUAUUGGUGCUACUAAAAAAAACCAAUCUUGGGGCACCUGGGUGGCUCGGUUGAGCUUCCGACUCCUGAUUUUGGCUCAAGUCAUGAUCCCAGGGUCAUGGGAUCAAGUCCCAUGUCAGGCCCCACACUAAGUGUGGAGCCUGCUUAAGAUUUUCUCCUUCUCUCUCUCUCUCUCUCUCUGCCCCUCUCCCUUGCUUGCGCUCUCUCUCUCUCUCUCUCUCUCUCUCUCUCUCUCUCUGUCUCUAAAUCAGUCAAUCCUCAAUCUUGAGCCUUUUCUGCUGUAAAAACAAAGCUCUGAAUUCACAAGGUGGUGCCCUGGAGUCUGGAGAAACACUAUGUUUUGUCCUCCUUUUUCCAUCAUUUUCAUUCCUAAAUGGUUCGUGUGUGCGCACAUGCGCGUGCGCUGUAUGCAUGUGCACGUGUGUUUAGUAUGUGUUUGAAAUCACAUAGCAUUGUAGUUUGAAGAUGGUGAACAAGAUAGAGCAGGCCAGCCUCCCCUCCAGGCCUCACAGGUCACUUUGACAUGGCUAUUACUUUCUAAGGCUGGCCUUGAUUAUUGGUUGAUCUAGCAAGGUGACUGGGUGCUAGAGAACUGUGUCAUGUAACGAGCCUCCUAGAUACUGGUGUAUAAAUAUUACAGUGCUAGUUUUUUAAUUUGCAGGGAGAGGUAUCAGACGCACUGGCUUCUCAUGUUUAUGGCUCAGUGUAUUUUCUCCAAACAGGCAAAUCUACAGUCUACUAAAUUGUAAUCAGAAGGUUGCUUGAUGGGCAUUGAGUCAGCUCACAGUGACCCAAAUCAGCAAGUUCUGAUAGUGUGAUACAUUCAUCUUUCCCAAGGAAUAUAUUUGCCACUCAGACCAGAUGUUCAGUUUUCAGAGCAUCCUUUUUAUUAGACCAGGCUGCAGACAGAUGGCCAGCUUUUGAUUUCUUGAUUUCUUUUCUUACAUAGUUACCAUGGACUAUCUCCUUUAGCACAUUUUUUUCCAUUGGAGUUUAAUAAAUUUGCAUUAAUACCUGUAAAACACUUAGCCCAGUGCCUGGCAUACAGUAAUUAAAUAAUAACUAAUAUUAAUAGGUAUAACUGGUGUUGAGUUCAGGUCACAUUGAUACUUGUAAUAUCAAAGUCAGCCUUUUGGGCCAUUUCUUUAGAUGACUGAUCUGUCUCAUCUUUUACACUUUGAGCUAUUUUCAUUCUUUAUUCUUUAAGUCUUUUAACUCCUUAAUUUCAUUUACCCUUAAUAUGGAAUCCAUAAGCUAAUUAGGACAAUCCUUUUUAGCUCUGAAUGACUUUGCUACCAUUUUGUUUUUGAGACUUUCUUUUUCAAGUUUCAGUUUUUUGCUCCCAAAUACCUCAUUCUCCACAGUUCCCCAUCUGCAAUGUGAGUCUAUUAAAAGAGAUGAUCUUCAAGUUACUGCUUAGCUCUAGAAUAUGUAUAAUUUUAUAUCUUAUUUGAACAGAUGAUGUUUCAGUUAUAGCCCUUUCCCUCUAAUCAUGCUUACCUUCAUUUCAAGCUCUGCUUAAAUUCUUUCUCAUAGAAUGUAAAGUUAUUUUGAAAAUGGUAGCAGCAUCUGGAUUCUUAGAAUAGCAGGAUUGCCAUGGAAUUGGGAGGUAAUGGUUGAAAAUCCCAGAGGUAGAGGUAUGAUGGUGGUGAAUUCAGCAGUUGACAGUGACGUUACAGGUAGGACACACAGCUGGCGAAUCAAAAUGUUUUGUAUGGAAAUGGGUACAGAAAGGAACAGAUGAGUUGGUCACUGCAGCAACAGUGAGCAAUGUCAGCCUCCCCCUCUCCAUCCAUCUGGGGAUCAGUUAUUCUUUUAAGAGUGGUGGGAUGGAUUUAGGAAAACAGUGGAGACAUUGCCAUAGCUUUUUCUGGUAUUCGUAAAAAUACAGAUUAUGGUGCAUUUUUGAAGCUGGUGGUCUCAGAACCACACUUGGAGCCAACAGACCUGGGUAGUUACUGUUGUGGGAGUUCAGAAAGUGGAGAGAUCAUUUCAGACUGUAAUGAUCAGGGAAAGCUCGUCGGGAGUGGCUUUGGUCUGGGUCUUGAGGGGUGGGAAGUGUUUGAAUAGACGUAAGGAGGGAGAAAACAGUUUUUUGAUAGGUGAAAUGCCAAGAACAAAAGCAUAGAGGUGAGAAAUAAUCAUACAUGAUAGGGGAGUGGAGUGGUAUAGAGUUUCUUAAAUAUGGUCCAUGAAAGAGAAUUGAAGCAGUGCUUCUGUCAGAUACCACUAACUCCAGAAUAAGAAAACGGAUGCUGUGCCAUUUUUGUUCAGCAUGCAACUGGAUAAACUAUUGAUGCCUCUCAGUGCAUCAAGCUUCACGUUUUCAUGUGCUCCCUGAUGCCCUCAAGAAAGAAUUCCAUUUUAGGACCCUUUUUGGAAAUUGGAAAGACUGUCAACAGUUUCAAAAUAAUCCCGUCUUUUUCUCUAAUAUUCAAAUGGAAGAAAAAAAAAUACUAGCACUCUGAGGGCAAAUGUGCACCCAUCAUAUCAGGCAUACGUCAUGGUUUUCCUGCUUUGAUGAGGGAAGGCGAGCCACACGUGACUGUGUCUCAUUACUUCCCGUAUCAGCUGCUGUCACUACCUUUCCAACAGGUACUACCAAGAAAUAGGAACAGAAUAUGAUGUUUUUCUCUACUAGGCAGAGGUUUGCUGCCUUUCAAGAGGUCUUAAUUUAAUUUGAAAGCAGGGGAAAUAACAUUACUUGACUCUAGGUUGAAAGCCUUGGAGGAGGGGUUCGUGGGUGGCUCAGUCAGUUAAGCGUCUGACUGUUGGUUUUGGCUCAGGUCAUGAUAUCACGGUUGGUGAGUUUGAGCCCCGCGUGGGGCUCUGCACUGGCAGUGAAUAGCCUGCUUGGGAUUCUUUCUCCUUUUCUCUCUGCCCCUCCCACUCUCUCUCUAAUAAAUAAACUUAAAAAAAAUUUUUUUUAAAGUGUUGGAGGAAUUUAGUGUUGCAGUACAGAGGUAACCUUAACCUGACAAAGCGUUCUUUGGAAUUCUGCUUGGGUUCUGUGUACCUUUGGGAGUCAAAGAUUUCACUGCUUGUUGCCAUGGAGAAAAAAGUUCUGAUUAUCAAAGAAGACGUAUGUGUUGCUGAAUCAAAGACCAUAUCAUAAUUUUACUUCAAUAAGCCAAAUAUAAUUGAAAUUUACUACUGAGCAGUUAGAAGCUUUUAAAUUAAUUUUCUUCAGGAAGCCAUUUUUCUUUUACGAAAAAUAACAAUAUGAGGGAGGUAUAAUCCUUUGUAAAUACUGUUUUUUAUACAUUGCUUAUGUUCAGGAAAUCAGUUUCCAGUGCAGUGAAAUAAAGUAUAUGGUGUAUGCAUUUCUGUGCAUAAUUGUGGAGGACAAAGCCCAUAUCUUUAAUCAGAAUCUCAGACUGGUCUUUGACUUUCCUGAAAGGCUAAGAACUAAUAAUUUAGCUAGUGUGAAGACAGUGGGAUGCUGUGGAUGAAUCUGAGCAAAGGAAUGAUGGGAAAUUAGAAAGCUCAUGCGAAGAAUGUGAGAAAGAAAGCUUUGGCAGCACUGAAGGGUGAUUUAGGGAUUCAGAUUAGCUCCAGGGUCUGAGUUAUCCUAAUAAUCUGAAGGCAAUUUUCUAGAUAGAGCUUCUCAAAGGUAGGAACCCUCAGUAAUCUUUUGGUCUUAGUGUCUAAGCACAGUACUGAGACAAACAGUACUCAAAAAUGUCAAAUUAAAUAGACUCACUGUAUGGAGAAUGAAAGUUAGACGAUAGCACCAAAAAUAAAUGCUCUUCCGUAUCUGUAUUCAGUCCUGUUUAUGUUAACUGAUUUGGUGAAAAAUAAGGUUUUUGGAGAGGAAAUGCUUUAUUAAAAAGCUCAUAAACCA